UUAUUAUUUUAUUCUCAUUCUACGUGGUGACUUUACCGAAAGAACCAAAGAAGAUGUCUACCGCUUGUGGAAGACGUCUACCGGGUGACGGAAGAUCUCUACCACUACUGGAAGACGUCUACUCUUUCCGGAAGACGUCCACCGCGCGUAUCUUUGGGCGGACCGCGAUUCCUCUUGCGUCUACCGCUUCUGGAAGACGUCUUCCGCGGCGUCGGGAAUCAAUCUUCCGGCAGAAGUUCACAUCUUCUUGAACGAGGUAGUGGGUGGUGGUUGAAGACGUCUUCUGGAAGUUAAAUAUCUCUUCCGGAAGAUUCUACCAAGAUCCCCCAACAACACCCCCCACCCCAAAAAAAACAGGGUGACGAGGUCAAACGGUGGAGGGCGGUGGGGUGGGGGGCUCGAAUUUUAUUUCGUAGCGCGGAUGAGGUCAAUGCCAAACGUUAGCGCUUCCCCAUUGGUCGAGGGCUGCGCACGCGCACGGCUAUUUGACCAAUGGGACGCCGCCGAUCGCUUACCGGCGCUGGCAAAUAUAAAGGGCCGCGUGGGGUUCUUUUUUAAAGGGACGGCGUGCAGUGUCCUUAAAUUGGCCUUCACAACGUAGACGCUCGUUUAUAAUAAACUUUUAUAUAUACACAACAUAUAUAUACACAAAGGCGCUAUCGAGUGCCGAGGUAACCGCGGUAACAAGGGUAACCCCAGCCCGUUAUCCACACGCAAGCCCCAUCGCCCACAGGUCAACGCCGGACGGGAGAUGCCGGCGGUGCGUCACGCGACACGCGUGCGCUGCCUCUACCGCCGGCUGCUGCAGCUGCACCGCCACCUCCCCGUGGAGCUGGCGGAGCUGGGCGACCGCUACGUGAAGGACGAGUUCCGGCGCAACAAGACGGCCGGCCCGCGCCUCGCCGAGCAGUUCCUCGCCGAGUGGGAGGCAUACGCCACCACCCUGCACACGCAGGUGACUCAGGAUCCGGGUCGGGUGAUCCGGCCCGGAGCUUACCUGAACGACGAGCACCUGUCCAACUUGCGCGAGGAACAGGUGGAGCAGCUGUACGAGCUCAUGCAGGCGACCACCGCGGCCCCCGGCUCGCAGGACUCGCGGAACGGAGCGGGCGGAUCCGGGACGCCGGGCGGAUCCGGAGUGGCAGGGCCAGCCUCGUGAGCCUGGCCGAUCCCGCCCGCUCCGUGUCGCGUCUUGGGAAAUGACGCGCGCGCGCCGCGCGGAAGCGUGCGAGACUCCCCCUGUGCAGCGCCGGAGAUUCGCUCGGGAAUAAAAGAGGGUGGGGGGGUGGCAAGGGCUGGUUAGCGAGCACCUAUUAAGGCUGGCGUCAGCACAUGAAAGGACAGCAUGGCUGGACCUACGCCCGGCCGCCUUUUUAGCGUUUCUCCUCCGAUGCUUACUACACUGGCAAUAGUUGCCACCUCGCAAGGUUCACAGACGAACGGAGGGGCUCUCACAGGUCGACGACAAUCUCCCAGUAUUGUGUCGAGCGAGGCGUGGAUCGUUGUUACGCCAUUGUUGUCAUCGUUAUUACGUCAUUGUUAUCAUCGUUAUUGCGUCAUUGUUAUCAUCGUUAUUACGUCAUUGUUAUCGUUAUUACGUCAUUGUUAUCAUUCAGCAAACGAUUCAAACAGAUUGCCCGGCUCACAGCCGCAGCCUCGCCAACGAGAGGGGACAACGACGACGACCUUAGGCGCGCACCGGGCUGCUCCUUGAAGCCCUGUUGUACAUGUGGGUUAUGAAAAUUUGAUGGAAAUAAUACAAAAUUUUUAAUUACAUUUAGAAGUUAUGUUAAUUAGCAUAUUUUUAUGCAUAAUUGCAUAAAUUAACAUAAUUGCGGAGAAUUAUGCAAAUUCCACAAUUUCAUUUACAUUUUUUUAUUUCCAUCAAAUUUUCAUAACCCACAUAUGCAACAGCCCCCACCCGCGUGGUACAGAAGCGGUAAACUAAACGAGUGUUCCACCGGCGCUACUUUCCCAUGCGACGUAGUUUCUGUAUCCGCCCGCUUCUCCGGGUUGUCUGCCCCCCCCCCUCCCCAUUAACCAGGACGCGUCGGGUGAAUGCGGCCUAGCGGAUAUUCGCGUGCUGCUGCUGCUGUUGUUGUUUUUGUCAACCCGAUAUUCUUCAGCUGUGGGCCUUUCUUGUGUACAGCAACAACAAAAAUAAUAAAGCUAUUUUAACAAAGAUUUACGUUCCCUUCCCGCUAUCACACCCCCCCCCCACCUUGAUUUCCCCUCCUAUUCGUGGUAUGGGCUCAGUCAUGUCGUGGGGCUUUGUCGGUCCUCGCGAACGACGUCCACCCUGGCCGUGUAGAUGCUGCCACAAGUCGCUGUAACUGGGCCUGCGUUUUCGUUACAAUUGUCUUCCGACUGCAUGAAAUCAAGAUCUUUAAUCUGUACGUCUCAAAAGCCUCUGGGGUAUUUGCCGACAAUGUAGGAGGCUGAAAUUUGGUACGCAGGUAGCUUUUAGGGCACAAAACAACAGGAAACAUCUGAAUAUCCGAGAUUUUUUGUUUUAAGGCCACCCCGAAAUCUCGAUUUUAAGUGCCCCAUAAACACGUCCGUUCGUGGUGUCAUUCAGAGACCGUUCAAAAUAUGAGAUUGCGGUUUUUCUUCUCCACCCUGGCCGUGUAGAUGCUGCCACAAGUCGCUGUAACUGGGCCUGCGUUUUCGUUACAAUUGUCUUCCGACUACAUGAAAUCAAGAUCUUUAAUCUGUACGUCUCAAAAGCCUCUGGGGUAUUUGCCGACAAUGUAGGAGGCUGAAAUUUGGUUACGCAGGUAGCUCUUAGGGCACAAAACAACAGGAGUCAUCUGAAUAUCCGAGAUUUUUUGUUUUAAGGCCCCCACCAAAUCUCGAUUUUAAGUGCCCCAUAAACACGUCCGUGCGUGGUGUCAUUCAGAAACCGUUCAAAAUAUGAGAUUGCGGUUUUUCUUCUUUUGAUAGAGCGUUAAACAGCAAAUAAAAUUAAAGUGAGAACCAUUGCUCUAUCUUAUUGUUUUUGAGAUUUCGGAUUCAAGUGGUUUUGAACGAAAAGAAUACGUACUUUUUGAUGUUCAAAUCUGAAUAAUUCGAAAAUGGUAAAAGGAGCUUUCCCUCACAGACUAUUAAGUUAAUUAUUUUGUGUUCUUCUCUAAUAUAAGAUCAACGGAAUCUUUAACUUGAGCUGUUUCCGAUGUUUACGUCUUUAAAUAUAAGAAGUUGAAUCAA